AUGGCGAAACGUAUAAGGGAGGCGUCUCCAUCCACAGCAGAGCUGCCUGCGGCCGACGCGUCGAGCCCUAUCAUGGAGACGCCCGCUCACACUCCCAAAUACGUUGAGUUGGACGAGGCGUCCGAGAGGACCAAGGCGGCGUUCAAAUGCCUGCUGCCGCCGCACAAAUCAAUGACCUUCUCGAGCUACACAGACUAUGAGACACACUACAAUUCUUCGCACACGAACCGCUGUAAAGAGUGCCACAAGAACUUCCCUACAUCCCACUUCUUACAGCUGCAUCUCAGCGAAAAUCACGAUCCCAUCGUUGCUGUGAGACGGGAGCGAGGCGACAAGAUUUACGCCUGUUUCCUGGAAGAUUGUGACAAAGUCUGCGUCGAUUGGAAGAAACGACGGAGCCAUUUGGUUGACAAGCACGGGUACCCCAAGAACUACGACUUCCUCGUGGUGGACAACGGCAUCGAUGGGCGAUGGACUAUGCUCAGGCGCGGUAUAGACUCGGCAGGCCACCGCAAAAGCAGUCGCGAUCGUAGAGACAGCACAGCUACGCGAACCACACAGGCAACGGACGCCACAGAAGAGACCGAAGUGACGACAUCGGAACUGAUUGAGGAGGAAACCCCGGCCGUCCAAAGCAAAGCAGCGCAGGACGACACUGCGCUUGAGGAAGUGACCAAGUCCAUGUCGUCUCUGAAAUUUGUUCCGAGACGCGUGACGUUUGGUAAACGCAAGGGCAAAUCGGGCUUUGCAAAGAGUUGA